UCAGACUCUACAGAAAAAUGUGGGCCCCCUCCUCCUAUAGCCAAUGGAGACAUUAUUUCAUACCCAUUGAAAGAAUAUCCUCCAGAAUCAGAAGCUGAGUACCAAUGCCAAUCCUACUAUAAACUAGAGGGAAACAAGAUGAUAGUAUGUCAUGAUGGGCAAUGGUCAAAACCACCAAAAUGCUUAAAUCCAUGUGUAAUAUUAGAAGACAUCAUGAAUAAACAUAAAAUAAGAUUACGAUGGAAGGAAAACAAUAAACUUUAUGUCCAAUCAGGGGAGUUUGUUGAAUUUACAUGUAAAAUGAGAUACAACGAAGAAGCAUUACCUAAAAUGUUUCGAUCAAUCUGUAUAGAUGGAAAAAUUACAUAUCCAACUUGUGGGUAAAAUAGUAUCUACAAUACUGUCAGAAACUUAAAAUACAUACAUUAUUAUGAAUGUUCCAUUUAUGAUAAAUUCUUCUCACAUUAUUUUAAAAUCUAUUUUAAGUAUCUGUUAUAAAAUAUUUUAAAUAUAUGUUUAAAUUAUAUCUAUGCUUCAGGAGUUUGUUACAGAUUAUGUGGAUGAUGUAACUAUAGCCUGAGAAACAAAUUAAUUAUUUUUAAAACAAACACAUUAGAACUUGGUAAAAUAAAAUGCAUGUAUCCUACAUACAAACAGAUCAAUGUUUAAAAUUUGAUAAACUAUGAACCAUUCA